AUGCAUGUCGUCCCUUACUGUGGGUACGAGUACUAUUGGCGCUUCCCUCGUGACAUCGAGUCUGAAAUAGCUACCUUAGCCGCAUGGCGGCAUGUCAAGCAGCAGCAGAGGGAACCUCUUUCUUCUGACAAGCACGAUGAAGAUGACCUGAGUGAGGAUGAGGAUCAGGGAGGGCAUGAGGGUGAGGAUAACGAUUGGAAGAAAGGUUUUCUUGACAGACUUGCCGAGAUACUUUGCUACUCAAAAGAGCCUUCUUUGAUUACAAGCGCAGCCUUAAUCUACAGUGAUGGAGGGGCGACCAUUGUGGCGACCCGCAACUCUUCUUUGAAGAACAAUACUUGGUCAGAUAAGGAUAUCAAGAUGCUCGAGGGCUUGGCCGAGCUUCUCGAGCGAGUUUCGUCUAAUGACAAAUUUGAGGCUCACCUUCUGCCGGCACUGCAAAAGGCCUUAGUAAUAUACUAUAGGCAAAGAAUCCAACACCACGCCAAAGCAGUCAUGUCUCUCGAAAAAGAUACUGGAAUCAAGUUCUUGGAAGAAGACAAGUGGAGUGCGGUUACUUCCGGACAAUUUAAUGUCGACGAGUUUGCUGAGCAUGUCGAGUAUUUAUCCUAUAGUACUGAGUUUUACAGCAGGUUAGAGACCAAUCUGGAACCCAAAAAGCUUACUCGCGCCAUGCAAUAUGCAAUUGCUUUCUUGCGUGUCGCUCAGCAAUGUUCUGGUUUUCGCAACGUCAAGAUCGUCCUGCUAGAAAGUCUCCCGCCGAGGAAGGUCGAUAUAUGGCAGUUGCCCGCGGGACAGUUCCCAGUCACACCAAAACAAGACUACAGAUUCAAGGAGGAAGUCAAGAAGUCCAAGAACGUCCAUGCUGAAAUGAUGUUGAUGACUUAUCUUCUUAGUUCUAGAGCCCCGGGCUCGGAUGCUUUCCCAUAUCUUGGGAUCAGCAAAAAGACCUGUCUUCUCUGUGGCCACAUACUUCAGGAGAUGGACUAUUUCGAAACUCGGGGCAAUCACGGGAAAGUCUAUUCUCAAUGGACGCUUCCAUCUACACUACGAACUAGCAUCGAAGUUGCUAAUAAUUUGGACAAGGCUGUUCAACGUUUGAGGGAUAUUCUUCUUACGAGGGACGAUGUACCUUAUAGGAGUGCAGAGAAAGAAUCAGUGAUGGCGGCUCCACUUCAGCCUAACUAUGGAAAGACAGCCACACUAUUCAAUAGAGUGGUUCACGACCCUCGAUUUCUAGCGAGGGAGGCAGAGUGGUUGUCUUUGCGUUUCAAGAAGGAAGCUGAUAACGAAGAUUUAGUCCCCACCGAUGCUCCAUGGGACAAUGCUAGCAUGCCCAUGAUAAAUACUGAAUAUCCUGAAGACGCGAAAGGCGAGAACGCUCAUCCAACGGCUUGUGCUUUCUGCAAUGACACUUGCAGACUUACACAUUUUUGUGAAAAGUGUAGAUUGACAGCCUACUGCGACCUUGAUUGCUACCGUUCCGACUGGUAUCGACACAAAUUUUCCUGCAAUUCGGGAAGGCCAAUAGACGCUACAGACUACUUAGUGCUCGCUUGUCACUUGAACGAAUUCCCUAAGGAAGAUGAUGUAGCCAAACAAUAUGGAUUCAUGUACUUUGCCUCUGGAAAAGACCGGUCGAGGCUCUUCAAUCUCUACCACCGGCUCGUGAUCGAUUGGGGAAUUGAUGGAGACGAGUUGCGAAGUUCGGUAGAGGGAAACAACCUUAAGGAGAUGCUCGUGUCUCGAUGUUCUCAAGAUCCCGUCAUGCAUACCGACAUGCUGUGGUUAGAAAAAGAGGAAGGCUUUGGCGCUAAUAGCGAAGGACCGGGACUCAUCGUGCUCUUUGAAAAGGCUCGAGACGAGCUAUUAAGUCCUAACGACAGAACAUUGCCGCUCUUCGAACUUCAACCCCGGGAGAAGCGGGACGCUCUUAUCUUUUACGCCCAGCUUCGUAAUGGAUUCAAGCCGGUUUUGGAUGAAGACAACUGGAUCUCUUUCGGCUUUUGUACGGCAGCGGACCCAGCAUUAGAACAACAACUCGCUUCCGCAUAUGUACCACUUGUGGAGCAGUGCCCGUUUGACGAUUUUUGGAAGGCCAUGGUGGAGUCUAGGAUCGUGGACAUGUUCAGCAAGUAUGGGCUUUCGGACCAAAUCUCGCACAUGCGCAAUUUCAAGGACUUUAUGGCAACCGUCAUGGUUGACUAUGGGUUCACGAACUGCGACAACGUAGGACAGCGAAUGCAACUUCAGGAGAUGUACAAGGACUACUUCAGGCGAGGAGAGGACGAAAUGAAACUUCACGAGGCAUGCAUUAAUGGGAACUUGGCGACCUUCCUUACGUCGGUCUUCGGCAGCCUCGAAGUGUCCCCACAUCUUCUUCGGAAUCCUUAUCCGUUAAAAAACUGCCCUCUAGCUGGCAUGGUGGCAGAAUAUGUCAUCGCAUGCCCCGAGUCUGCACUGGACCAAAUUAAGGCUCUGAAGGGUGAUGACUGGCAAGACGCAAUGAUUUUCACCAUUCCUGACUGUGAAGAUGAUCCUAUGGUGAGACAGAUUUACAACAGAGCUGCGUUCCUAGGGACGGGACUAGGCAAGCGUUCAUAUCCUGGAACCGAUGGAAAUAUCAUCGCCGAAUUGACGAUCGAGUAA